GUCAACAUCUCCUUUAUUCAAGAUGGCGGCUCGUUAUAUCAGUCUGAACAAACUUUGAGUUCAACUCCUUUGUUCUCCAAUUCACUAUGCAUUUUUCAAUCCCGGAUACAGUAGAAUUAAAGGAUAGAAGUGGAUCAAGCUAUUUAGCAUAUAACCUGCAUAUUAAUGGAUCAUUUCAUGCCGCCGUGAGAUUUUCUGAUCUCUACCACUUUAAUGAACAGCUGAAAAAGAAUUUUGGUGGAAAAAUCACAGCCACAUUUCCUCCRAGAAAAAUCUUGUCACUGACGGCAGUUCAGGUUGAAGAGAGAAGAGAACAGCUGGAGAAAUAUCUGCAGGAUGUCUGUCAGGAUACUGAUGUUGCCUAUAGCAGCAUGUUUUCUGGUUUUCUUAGGAACUGCCAAAAGGAACACUCAGAUGCCCUGGCAGAAACAGUUGAUCUAGAUGUUUUUCUGAUGAAUGGGAAUAAAAUCCCACUGAAGAUAGUAUCAACAGAUAGUACAGAAGAUGUGUUAGAGGCUGCCAUGGCAGAGAUAAAGUUGAAUGAAAAUUUUGUGCAUUACUUUGCACUGUUUUUGAUUAAAAGAGAAGAAGAUGGCGAAGCAGCUAUUGUAAGAAAGCUACAAGAUUAUGAAUCACCCUAUCUAAGCAUUAAGAACUUACAAGGAACAUACAGAAUUGCCGUUCGUAAAUAUUUUUGGGAUUCAAAACUUGAAGACAAGAUAAUGGAGGAUAAGAUAGCAAUGAACUUGUUAUAUGUACAGGCUGUCAGUGAUAUUGAAAGAGGCUGGGUGAUAGGACCUAAAGAAGCUUAUUCUAGGUUAAAUGAACUAAAGCAAAGUGGUUCUAAGAAAGAGUAUCUCAGGUUGGCAAGGAUGAUGAAGUAUUAUGGCUUUAUUCAAUUCAAACCAUGUAUAACUAAUUAUCCAGAAGAAAAUACAAGAGUCCUGGUCAGCUGUGGGGAUAGAGAGUUGAACUUAAGGCUACAAACAUCAGAUCACAAGAUGCAGGAAGGAAGCUUCAAGGUGACCAGGAUGAGGUGCUGGAGAAUAACAUCCUCAAAUAUUACAACAGAAGAUGGCAAAAAACAAGAAAACUUGGAACUAGCCUUUGAAUAUUUGCUGAGUAAAGAGCAUUUACAAUGGAUAACAUUAUACAGUGAACAGGCUAUAUUAAUCAGUAUGUGCCUGCAGAGCAUUGUGGAUGAAAUUUUAAGGCUCAAAAUUGGAAAGCCGAUCAAAAGUGCAAAGAAAAAGAGCAAAACCAAAAGUGAUUCAAAGUAUAAGCGCUGUAAUUCUGUAUCAUCAACAGCUUCUAACGAGGGUGAAGAGGAACAAAAGUCUUCCAGUUCUCCUCCUUUACCUAAUGCAACCAAGACAACACCAAGUCCUUCUCCUUCUACAACACAGAAAAAGAAAUCUCAAAAACAAACACAGAAUUUCAACUAUUUGCCGGUCCCUCAGAACCAAGCACCACAGGCUUCAAACACCAAAACUAAUAAGGUGUUUGAAGGGAUUGGAGAUGAUGAUUUGUAAAUCUAAGUGCAUUUUCUGAAGACACCUUCAAAGUACACGUGAAUGGGCUCCCUGUGUGCAAACUACCACAGGAACCCCAAAUUAACUUUUUUCAAGCACAGGACAAGAGAACAACUAGACAAAGCUUCCAUUGCAUGUUCAUAGGAAGAUAAUUUCACAUUAUAGCUUCCUUUCCUGUUUAAAGGAAAGUGAUUAAAACAGUCCAGUCCUGGUACUCGUUUGUGGGCUACAGGACAGGGAGCUGACCUGGACAAAACGUCAGACCAGCACAGUGGAGACUAAUAUGCCAUAAUAGUAAAGAUAAAUAAUGUACUGAUAUCGUUAUUUCACUACUAGCAAGAAAUAUGUGAAUAUCCUGUGAAAUUUCAAAACUUUUGAUAAUUUUUAGGGUUUUUUCCAGGAUUUUGACAUCAUCUAGUAGCGAUUGAUUUACAUCACAAGUGCUUACAUAAACUAGUGUAGAAUAACGAGAACUUUUAUAUAUAUGUUGUGUAGUUCCAGAAAUUAUCCAUAACCCCCCUCCUUCCCCCCCCCCUCUCCAACAUAAGAAUUUGGAAUUAUCAAGGGGUAUGGGGGGUCAGAGAAAGAAAUAAAAACAGUUUCUAUGAAGCAGUAUUAGAAUUUCCAGGAGUAGGUCUUUCAAACCUAUUCUGUGGGAGAAUGGAUGGUCUGUAAUGGAUAAUUUCUGAACUACACAUAAUUCAGCAAUCAUUUGAAUGUUGACUAACAGUCAUAGAGGGUACAUUUUUAUAAUCAAAAUCAUUAAAAAAUAUAUUGAUCAAAAUUCAUGAUCAUUGAACAGUCAAAUUUUAURAAUAAAAAGUUCAAUUGCACAUAAUAAAUGAAGAUAGAUAACUGCAGACAAUAAACUAGUGGAAAAGUGCUAAUUUGCUGUAAAAAGCACCAUAAAACAAAAAUAAAAAACAAAGGAUGUUUUUACUAUAUUAGCUGUGCUUACAGCUUAGACACUUUCUUUGUACAGCAGUAUAGCAGCAAUAGACUUCAACCCGGCAUUCAAAUUAAUGGUCAUAUCAAAUCUUGAAUGUAUUUAGGCUGAUUAAUUAAUGCAGAAAAAUGAACUGUCUCUAGUGGUGCAAUAAAUAUGUAUACACAGCU